AGAAGUGUCCAAAACGCUUGUAUAACGUGUGCAAUUGGUAGUUCUUUCAUAGUAUACCUUUGUGGUGUCUUCUCCUAGCCUUUGUGGCCAUAAAUCAUCAUCCCUUCUUGUCCUAUGUGGGUAAAAUUGUAUAGCAACCAAGGUGAAUCAAUUGGUUAUGGUUUGGAGCCGUUUGGAUUGGCUGUUGGUAGAGAAAGGUACGUUGGACUGAGCCUGGAAAACUACCGUUUGAAGAUCUUUUGAGAGAGCUUCCGCAACACUUUGGUAUUCUGUCUUUAGUUAAUGAUUAUUGUCCUUGUCUGUGAAAGUCAAUUAGCUAACUUAUAAUUUAUUUUGUAGUAAGAAAAGAAAUCGGUUUAUCUCCUUAGGAAAUGGAGCUAAACUUUGUUAGACUACUUAUUAGCUAAAUUAUUAUGGAGCCAAACUUCUCUGAUUUGUGAAAUUACUGUGUAUUUCAUAGUACAUUUUCAUUCCAUUUGUAGAACCUAUUUAAUAUGUUCGUUUUCAUUUGGGUAUUGUUUUGUGUUGACCAAAACAUAUCCCUUCAAAAUAGAAAUUCCAAUUUAUACAAUCUUCCUAUUUUUUCAAUGUUUUCUUCGAUAAAAUAUUUUUGUUUGGUUGUUCUCCUACUUGUAGGUUCUUUCAUCUUCGUUUUCUUUUCUAUCAAACAAUACCCAAAAAAUACAGAUAUAAGGUGAGGAUUUGUUUUUCUAAUUUCUUAUUUUUAAAUUUUUUUGGUAAAGUUUAUUUUUUUUACUUUAAAAAAAAUACUUUCGACUUCUUUUACUGUAAGCCUUAGUUUUACAAUUUUAAAAUUUUUAUUUUAUCUAUAUGAUUGUGUUUUUGUUUACAACGAUUUGGUAAAGUUCGUUGUUUCAUGUUGUUAGAUUUAUGGUGGACUAUGGUGGGUGAUUUGAGUAUUUUAUAUUUGUACUAUUGUUUUCAUCCAUGAAUAAAAUCACAUGUUUUAUUUUUCACUCGUGCAGGCAAUCUUUAGUCUUUAGGUUCAAAUGUCGUAUGUUUUGAACUUAGUUUUUAUUUAGUCGUUUUUGGUGUACAAUUUUAUUUUCUUAGUUUGUCGAUUUGAUGGUUAUCGUAAUUUUUGGUUAUUCCUUUUUGAAAUUUUCCAAUCAAGCACAAAUAGUUAAAUAGCUGAAACAUUUGUCACCUAAUGUAUGUUAAUUUUGUAUGAUCAUUUGCUACAAAUCAUUGUGUCAUUGGUUUAGGGUUUUCUUUCCUUUUCGAAAUCUCUUCUAAACAUGUCGAUUUUUGAUAAGUUUACUUUCAAAUGUUAUGUAUUUGAAGCUAACUUCUUCAUUUGUCUCCUUUUGUUUGUGCAUGGUUACAGUUUUGACUUGGUGGAAUCCUCAGAUUUGUUGCUAUAGUGUUUGUUGGAAGUGGAAUGAGCUAUACAGAGCUUCCAUUCACCAACAACGAAUUCAAAGACAGAAAGAUAGGCGAAAUAGAUUUAGAACUGAUUGUAGUGAUUAUCAUAAAAGGAGAAAUGACCCUAUGUUAUCUGAAAAUAAUUCUUCUGUUGUUGUCGAACUACAUGAGUCCAUAAUUCAUCAAGACUUUGACACUACAACUUCAAAUCAAGAAAUACAUAAUAUUGUCAAUUCUGAAUUUGAAGAAAAUUUCAAGGGAUUGAAUAUAUCAUUUACUACAUAUAUGUUACCAAUUUCUAUUUACUGUAAACGUUGUAAGGCACACAAAUUUUAUAGAGAAAGUGAAGGUUUUUGUUGUUCUGAUGGAAAAGUUAAGCGUUUUAUAUGUGACUCACCAAAUGAACUGUAUAAUUUAUUUACUUCUAAAGAACUUUAUUGUAUGGAAUUCAAAAAAAUUGCAAGGGGAUAUAAUAAUCAUUUUGUUUUCACUUCAUUUGGUGUGAAGUAUGAUAAAGAACUUUUUAAAGCAUAUAAAGGUAUUUACACAUUCAGGGUUUAAGAACAAAUACAUCAUUAUGUAAAUAAAUUUAUGCCACAAAAUAAGACGCCUUCUUAUACGCAGUUAUAUUUUUACGACACAGACAAUGAAGUUGAAAAUCGUAUGAAAA